GCACACAAACGAAUGGUCUGGACUUUCAGAAGCAGCCUGUGCCUGUUGGAGGAGCAAUCUCAACAGCCCAGGCCCAGGCUUUCUUCGGACAUCUCCACCAGCCUCAGUUCUAGCUCAAUGACACACUUGGUAGAGGCGCUUGAAGUCCUUGUUGAGGACAGCUCUAAUGAUGGUGUCAGCAAGUAGACCCUGAUGCCCCUGGUUGCUUACCUGCAGGUCCAGCUCGCAGGAACAAGUUUACAGGCCGCUGCUCAGACUUUAAAUGUACAGUCUAAAUCUAAUGAAGAAUCGGGGGAUUCCCAGCAGCCAAGCCAGCCUUCCCAGCAGCCUUCAGUGCAGGCAGCCAUCCCGCAGACCCAGCUCAUGCUGGCUGGAGGGCAGAUAACCGGGCUCACUUUGACGCCAGCCCAGCAGCAGUUGCUCCUGCAGCAGGCGCAGGCACAGGCACAGCUGCUGGCCGCUGCGGUACAGCAGCACUCUGCCAGCCAACAGCACAGUGCUGCCGGGGCCACCAUCUCUGCCUCCGCUGCCACUCCCAUGACGCAGAUCCCGCUGUCUCAGCCUAUACAGAUCGCACAGGAUCUGCAACAACUACAGCAACUUCAGCAGCAGAAUCUCAACCUGCAACAGUUCGUGCUGGUACAUCCAACCACCAACCUGCAGCCAGCACAGUUCAUCAUCUCACAGACGCCCCAGGGCCAGCAGGGUCUCCUGCAAGCGCAAAAUCUUUUAACGCAACUACCUCAGCAAAGCCAAGCCAACCUCCUACAAUCGCAGCCAAGCAUCACCCUCACCUCCCAGCCAGCAACCCCAACACGCACAAUAGCUGCAACCCCAAUUCAGACACUUCCACAGAGCCAGGCAACACCAAAGCGAAUCGACACUCCCAGCUUGGAGGAGCCCAGUGACCUUGAGGAGCUUGAGCAGUUUGCCAAGACCUUCAAACAAAGACGAAUCAAACUUGGAUUCACUCAGGGCGAUGUUGGGCUUGCGAUGGGUAAACUGUAUGGAAAUGACUUCAGCCAAACUACCAUCUCUCGCUUUGAAGCCUUGAACCUCAGCUUUAAGAACAUGUGCAAGUUAAAGCCACUUUUGGAGAAGUGGCUCAAUGAUGCAGAGAACCUCUCGUCAGAUUCAGCUCUCUCCAGCCCAAGUGCCCUGAAUUCUCCAGGGCAGGGAAUCGAGGGCUUGAACCGUAGGAGGAAGAAACGCACCAGCAUAGAGACCAACAUCCGUGUGGCCUUAGAGAAGAGUUUCCUGGAGAAUCAAAAGCCUACCUCGGAAGAGAUCACCAUGAUUGCUGAGCAGCUCAACAUGGAGAAGGAGGUGAUUCGAGUUUGGUUUUGUAACCGCCGCCAGAAAGAAAAAAGGAUCAACCCACCCAGCAGUGGUGGGACCAGCAGCUCGCCUAUCAAAGCAAUUUUCCCCAGCCCGACCUCCCUGGUGGCAACCACGCCAAGCCUUGUGACCAGCAGUGCAGCAACUACCCUCACAGUCAACCCCGUCCUCCCUCUGACCAGCGCUGCAGUAACCAACCUCUCUGUUACAGGCACUACAGACACCACCGCCAACAACACUGCGACCGUGAUUUCCACCGCGCCUCCGGCCUCCUCCGCAGUCACUUCCCCCUCGCUGAGCCCCUCCCCUACUGCCUCAGCCUCCACCUCUGAGGCCUCGAGUGCUAGUGAGACCAGCACAACACAGACCACCUCCACUCCUCUGCCCUCUCCUCUCGGGACCAGCCAGGUGAUGGUGACGGCGUCAGGGCUGCAAACAGCAGCCGCGGCCGCCCUCCAAGGAGCUGCGCAGUUGCCGGCGAACGCGAGUCUCGCUGCCAUGGCUGCCGCUGCAGGACUGAGCCCAGGCCUGAUGGCACCGUCUCAGUUCGCAGCUGGAGGUGCCUUACUCAGUCUCAACCCAGGGACCCUGGGCGGUGCUCUCAGUCCAGCUCUGAUGAGCAACAGUACACUGGCAACCAUUCAAGCUCUUGCUUCUGGUGGCUCUCUUCCAAUAACGUCAUUGGACGCAACUGGGAACCUGGUCUUUGCCAAUGCGGGAGGAGCCCCCAACAUCGUGACCGCCCCUCUGUUCCUGAACCCCCAGAACCUCUCUCUGCUCACCAGCAACCCGGUUAGCCUGGUCUCUGCCGCCGCAGCCUCCGCGGGGAACUCUGGGCCUGUCGCCAGCCUUCACGCCGCCUCCACCUCCACUGAGUCCAUCCAGAACACGCUCUUCACAGUGGCCUCUGCCAGUGGGGCUGCCUCCACCACCACCACCGCCUCCAAGGCGCAGUGAGUGCUGCCCACCUCUUCCAGCGCAGUGCCAUCGGGCAGCCAGCUGGCGACCACAGGUGCCCUGGCUCCCUCUUGCCACAGUGUGAGGGCGAGGGAGAGGAGAGCAGGAAAGACACGUGCCGGAAAGAAAGGAUGAGGACCGGACUUCAUUUGCCUAAUUUUAUAAUAAAACACUGUCUUUUCAGGAUUGCUUCAUGGAUUGGAGAACUUUCUAACCAAAAAUUAAAAAAAAAAAAAAAGCAGAAACAAAAAAUCAAAAACAAACAAAAAAUAAGUGAAAGGACUACUUAUCAUUUCCAGCGGUCACGGUGGCAGUCAAGGUGGGUUACCAAUUCUAAUAUGGGUAGGAAGGAGAUUUCUUGUUUGUCUAAAGUCCUUUUUUUCUUAAAAAAAAUCAUUUUUAUGGGUCUGUUGUACAGGCCACUAAGUCAUAACAAGGUGUUUAUAAUCGUAUCAAUUGUGUUGGGGGUUCCUUUCUUAACUGGUACAAUUUAGGCAGGCCCGUGUUACUGUAUCUGUUAUUGUUGUUGUCAUGUUUUAUAUAUAUUUGGUUUGGACGUGUCUCGCUCCUGGAUCCUGCUUCAGUGAGCUCCCACUGUGGGGAGGGGUCGGGAACUCGAGUCCUUCACUGCGAAUGUCCUUGCUGGUUUCCUCACCCUGGACGCUCACAGAGGCCCUAGGAAAUGUUUUCUGUUGCCACUUAUGCAAGAGGCUCGGUGCAGAAGCUGAGGGCAGCGUGCGCAGACGCUCCCACUCCACGCCCCCAUCAGGUGGUGCCUUUGGAGCACUUUUGUGUAGGAAGGAAUUCCUGCUGGACUGUAGCUCUCACUCAGACCUUGAAUGACCCGAGGCCGGGUCCCGGGGUGCACCAGCGCCGCUCCUUGCCUCUCACAGGGCCGCACGUGUUGCAGGCGGGACUUGGCUCCAAGAGCAAAGACUACUGCAGACACCUGCCUGGGUGGUUCUCGUGACUCUGAUCUCCUGAAAAAUGCUCCUAUUGUUGCUGUGUGUGUGUGUUUGUUCCAUUGUGUGGAAGGUUUUCAACCGAACUUCCUUCAACUUAGCAAAGAACAAAUGUACUUGUUGGGAGUGGGGUGUUUCCCUCCUGUUCUCUAAAGGAGCCUUGCUAGCCUGCUCCCAUCGGUGAUUGAACUCCAUCCCCCCUCCAACAGGGGGGUGAGAAGAGUCUGAGGUUACACCUUCUCUAGCCACAGACUUUUCCCCAGGUGGCUCUCACCCGCCACCCCAAGACCGUCCUUGUCCCCUGGUGGAGAAGGCACGCACUAGCUUCAUGGGUCUGGAGAGCCUGAGGACUGAGCAGGACCUGCGUGCACCUCACUUGGGUGUCUCCUGGGCUGGUUAGUGAUGCUCCUGUGAGGCGGGUCACAUGGCAAUGGUAGCUGUUCUGGGGAAGGGAGGAGCUUCUGGCAUGGGUGCGGUGUUUCUGGACUGUGUAAAUGAGCCCAAGAGAAGGGGGAGUUCAUGAAGUAGAUGAGGAGCGAGGUGACUGGGAAACGGGAUCCCCUUUUCUUUAUGGUAGCAUCUAUACCAAAACCCCUGGACUGAUCCCUGCAAGGCGCUCCUGCGCCCGCCCGCCCGUCUGACUGAGGGCGAGGGCCGGCUGCUGUCCCGGGUGCUUGCUGACCUUGCCUGUCCCAGCUGCACUUUCCCCUUCUGAGCUUUAGGCUGAGGGCUUACCGGUCAUUUUCGUUGCUCGACUUGUGCUGGAGGGAGCUUGGUUCUGUGCACUUAUGUCUCCACGGCCUUGGGAAAGGUCGUGCAUUUCUGUUUGUGAUCGUCCAAGUGGGAGACAGGCACAUUAAUGUUAAAAGGCCAGAAACAUUUUCAUCCCCUUGUUGAUUUUUC